CGGGCGGAACUGUCGUAAAAGGCGCGGGGCGUGCCGCGCUUGGGAUGAAGCUGGGGGCGUGCGUCGCUGAAGUAGGCGGUUAGCGGGCGACCGGGUCAUGGACCGCUACGCGGGCUUCUUGGAGGAGGUGGCGGACGAUACGCGGCAGCAAGAGCGACACUACCAGCUGCUGUCCGCGCUGCAGAGCCUGGUGAAGGAGUUGCCCAACUCCUUCCAGCAGCUCCUGUCCUACACCAGGCUCAGCGACCUGGCCCUGGCGCUUCUCGACGGCACCGUGUUCAAAAUCGUGCCGGGGGUACUGGAGAUCCAGCACCUCAUCGAAAAGAGCCUGUACAACCAGCGCCUACGUUUACAGAGCGAGCACCGAGUGCUCAGGGAGGCACUGCGGCAGAAGCACCAGGAAGUCCAGCAGGCCUGCUGGCCCCACGACCUGCCUGUGCUCCAGGUGGCUCAUCAGCAAGAACUAGAGAGACGCGUGUGCAGUCCCAAGGCAGCCCCAGACUGGGGCAUUUGUGGAAGCCCCUUGGAGCUUCACUUCAGAGUUUGGCUGGCCGAGGAGAGGCCUGGGAGUGGCGUGGAGCACCAGAUCCGUGAGGAGCAGUGGGCAAUGGACUGGAAGAUCAUCCUAGAGCUGGACCGGAAGGUGGCUGACCAGCAGAGCACACUGGAGAAGGCGGGGGUGGCGGGCUUCUAUGUGACCACCAACCCGCAGGUCAAGUUGAUGCUGCAGAUGAACCUGCUGGAGCUCAUCCGGAAGCUGCAGCAGAGGGGCUGCCAGGCAGGGAAGGCAUCCCUGGGACUGGGAGGUUGCUGGCAGCCGCCUGCUGCCCAGUGUGACCAGGAAGGCAGCCCUGUCCCACCAUAGCCACAGGCAGCAGGAGUCUGGGCAGAGUUCAUCUUCUUGACCUUUGGCCACUACCUUUGCAGCUGCCUGCAGGGGUCCCCCUGCUGAGGAGAGGCCAGGUGGACCCUGGCUGCCUGUCCCCCACCUUCAUCUGGGACUUUCUGCCAAAUGCUAGGAUGGUCUCAUAAAGGGGAGGUGGGCUCAGCCUGCCACUGUCUGCCUCAGGGCCAGGCAGAGUGGGCAUGGGGGUUCUCACACCUUUUCACUGCGGGGCACAUUGUGACCUGCACUGAGGCCCACCUGAGUGCUUGUUCUGGUCUCAGCCUCUCCCUUGGCAGCUGCAGCACCCAUGCAGAAGAGGCUCCGAGACCCAAGCUCUGUGUGACCCAGAAAAAUAAAGAUGUCUCAGUGUGGCCUGCAUGUGGCUUGUGUGACAGCUGUGGGUUCUGCCAUACCAGGGCCCUGGUAGGGCCUCCACCUCUGCUGGGGGGGCUAAGACAAGACAUCUUGCCAACCCUCCCUGUUUAUUUGCCUGUCUUU